GACCGCUUCCGGCUUCCACGGCUCGGCUCCGGGAGAGAAAAUGUCAAAAGUUACUUUUAAAAUCACAUUGACAUCAGAUCCAAAGUUACCUUACAAAGUAUUGAGUGUACCUGAAGGCACCCCUUUCACUGCAGUUUUGAAGUUUGCAGCAGAAGAGUUUAAAGUACCUGCAGCAAGCAGUGCUAUUAUAACAAAUGAUGGAAUAGGAAUCAACCCAGCUCAAACAGCAGGAAAUAUUUUCCUAAAACAUGGGUCAGAACUGCGACUUAUUCCCAGGGAUCGAGUCGGAAGCCAUUAACAGUAUGUCACCUAGAACGUAUCCCUCUGCUGAAGAGAACUAUUUUUGGAAUUGUUUUGAACAUGACAUUGCUGUUUUUAAUAUGCAUUCCUUUAAGUUCUAGUAGGAUGCCAAGAGUCAAAUGAAAUGACAAGUCUUUGAGCGGAGAAUAUCUAUAUGAUACAUGUUGCAAAUUCUCUCUACUGUUUAAAAUGGUAUACCAGAACACAAGUUUAAUAGUAUCAUUUCAAAAGAACUGUAAUCAUUAAGCGGAAUAUGCAAGGAAUUUUCCAAAGCUUUCUUUAUAAGGUCUACUGUAAAAUGCCUGGCAUUAAAUGAUUGCUUACAUUCCCAGGUAUUUUGAACGGUACCAUCCAUGUUUCCUUCAUUUGAAAGAUAUGAUUACUGAAAUUUAUUUAAGUAAUAAACAAUAAAAGCUUUGACUGUAACCCAUCCUAGAACUAUAAGUUUUGAAUGGUAUAACGUUUCAAAAUAAAAACUUAUUUUGAUCAUU